CCACUGCACUCACUCCUCAGAGAUCUUGAGGCGUUCACAGUGUUGAGAGCUAUUAGAGGAGGAAAAGAAACUGUCUGACAGAUAUGGUGGCGUCAACCACAGAAGGAACUGCUGUGACAAGAAUGUUUGGUCAGGGUGCUACAACCAGUAAUGCCUCAACCUUCCUGGACUCUGAGUUUCGUUACGUCCUUUUCCCGGUCGCCUAUGGCAUUAUCUUCAUCCUCGGCCUUUUCGCCAACAUCUAUGUGCUGUUUGUUGUGCAGCACCUCCGUGAAGCCAGGUCGAUGGGUGAAAUCCGCAUCUACAUGACCAACUUGACCAUUGCUGACCUCCUGUUCGUGUCCGCCCUUCCCUUCUGGAUUGGCUACUACAGUCGCCAUGGUGAAUGGGUGUAUGGAGACUUCAUGUGCCGGCUGACGGGGUGGUUCUUCUUCGUCAACACCUACUGCUCCAUCCUCUUUCUUGGAGCCAUCAGUGUCAACAGGUACUGGGCAGUCACCCGACCUCUGGACGCGGCCUCCUCAGACCACAGGACUCGUGGCAUCAUCGUGUGCAUCAUCAUCUGGGCGUUGACCAUACCGAUGGUGAUUACUUCACCAGGAAUCAGCACUGACGAGAACGUCACUCGCUGCUUUGAGGGAUAUCAAAAUGUAACUGAUGAAAAGAAGACACUAAUAGCUGCCACACAUUUUGCUAUAAUUGGAAUGUUCUUUCUUGUCUUUUUUCUUAUUAUGGUGUGCAAUUGCCUUAUCGCUCAAGCAUUGCUGUCUCAAAAUUCUCCCCAGUCUGAAAUCAGAUCUGCAACAACUAUGUCCAGAAAUUCCAAAAGGCCCAGGGGGGUGAAACGCAGGGCUCUCCAGAUGUUGCUGGCAGUGGUGGGAGUGUUCGCUCUGUGUUUCGUGCCCCACCAUAUCAUCCAAGGCCCCUGGACACUGGCGGUGUUGCAGAUCGAACAGGGCUGGGGCCAAGUGAACUGGGACCAGGGCACUCGCCAGGUGCUCAACGACGCUCAUCAGAUCACCUUGGCUCUCAUGGGCCUCAACUGUAUCCUGGAUCCUGUCGUUUAUUUUUUCGCCACGAGGAAAUUUAGAAGGUUCAUCUUGGCUCACAUAAAAAUGAUCGGAAAGGGAGAAGGGUGCUCGGCCUCCUCUCAGAUCUCUAUGGACAGCAAGAAUCAAAGCCACCAACUUCAGAGUGAGAUCCAACAACCUCACAAGGAUUGAUGCAGACAUUUUUAAUAGUUGU